AUGGCGGGAGCGGCGCGUGCGCGGCGGCCCCAGUUGCUCGCUCAGAUUAACCCGUUCGCGAAAAAGAAGCGUUUUAACUUUCUUUCUUUCGUUUCAACUUUCCAUUAUGCAGCUGCGUUACACGUAAAACGUGACAACGAGUUCGCCACGUUACAAAUAAGAUCACUCGCUGCACAGAAAAAUUUUCAACUUUUAUCUUCCAACGUCGUGAUGCAGGACAUGGGAGCCAAUGGACUGACCCCUGAGGAUGUUGAAAAUCGAGCGCAGAGGAACAAG